GGACGUGACGCGUGGGAGGGGCGGACCCUGGCAACUGUUUCCGGCCGGCGCAGGGUGAAGGCCGCGAAGCCUCGGCCUCGAGUUGUUGACCGUUCCCAGGGCGGAGGCAGGCGCCCGAGCCCAGAGGCAGUAGAGACGCGUGGCCGUGCGGCCUGCGUCAGGCCCCGGUCCCAGAGCCGCGCCGCCGGCCCGAACCCCGGACUGAGUCCCAGGCUCCAGGGCCGGGCCUCAGGGCCAUCUCCAGGUGCCAAGCCCAAGGCAUAAUAUAUCCCCAGGCCCCGGCCUUGCCGGAUGGCUGCGGCCCCGGAAGGGCCGGCGGUGCAGGCCUGGUCCCGGGUGGCGGUGGUGGGUCCCCGGGCGCUGCGGGACGCGCUGGCGGUGUUGGCUCCCGAGUGCCGGGGCGACUCGCAGCGGCAGCUGCUGAACAUGGUGCAGGGGCUGCGUGACGAGGGCUGCCUGCCCACGGUGCUCCGCAGCCAGGAUGUGUACGGCUACACGUCCAGCACAUGCCAGGUGCCGCCGGCCUGCAGCGCCCACACCCGGCCCGAGCCCCGGCCCCGACACCAGAAACCGCCGGCCGACGCCAAGCUCCCACAUCGGCGAGGCUGGCUCCGGCCCCCGGCCCCGGGGGUCAGGCUGCGAGCCGUGCCGUGCCGGGUGCAGCACCGCUACCCCGAGCGCAGGACCGGGGCCCGCAGGCUGAGUCAGCAGGAGGCCGGAUCCCGGGAGUUGAACCCGGAGGAAGAGGAGGAGGAGACGGCCCGGAGGCUGCAGCUACUCCGCUCCAAGGUCAUCAAGGUGGACGAGCCGUCGUCGGACGAGGAGGUGCGCAGGAAGGCCCAGAGGAUCCUGAGGGUCAACCUGUCGCCCGUGGUGGAGAUCAAGCCCAUCACCUACCCAACAUAGCCCCCGGCUCGGCGCCACGACCUCGCCGCCACUCAGCACGCACCGGCCCUGCCUUUGAGCUGCCAUCUCUGGGACGGCAACACCUGGGCCCGCUCCUCGGUAGGGGCAGGAGCCUAUACCUACCACAUCUGGAAAGACCUGUCAUCGGGGCAAUGACUCAGGACCUGCAACAUCUGGAAACGAAUGACUUGGGAUGUGGAACAUCUGGAAAGGGGCGUAGGUGGGGUAACAUCUCUGUACCUGCAACAUCUGGGGCCACAUUUUGGGGGCAGUGAUUUUGGCCUGGAACAUCUGGAGACUUGUGUCAGUGGUGCAAGGACAAGAUCAGCAACAUCUGGACAUGUGCACCAAUGGGACAUGGAACAUCUGGAUAUGUGCACCAAUGGGUAACAGCAGAACAUGCAGCAUCUGAAAACGGGCACCAGUUAGACAAUGACUUAGGGUGUGCAACAUCUGCAUACAGAGGUCGGUUGAGCAAUGAUUCAGGCUUUGGAACAUCUGGAUACGUGCACCAGUGGAUGACAAUUAAGCACAUGUGACAUCUGGAAUUGGGCAUCAGUGGGACACAAUCAGAUGUCAUUGGUUCACGUAGCCGUACGUCUACGUGCGUUCCCCGUCUCACUCUGCCCCCAGUUAGUGCUGCUCCCUACUUUACCAGGUGGGGAACCUCUGCCCCGUCGAGCUAGUGAGAUUGUGGUCUGCCAGCCACUCUACUCCUUGCCCUGAAGGAUUCUGCAGUUUACAUUUCUGGUGCUUCAUAGAAAGUGGACAGGGUUUCAGGGGCAGCAGUGACAAAACCCUUGCCUACGUCUACAGGGCUAAAGGGCCUCCAACUGUGUAGGUAUAUUCAUACCCGGCCUCGGGAUAUGAGCCACCAUUUGGAGCCGGUAGCUGGCUUAGAAGGGGGUCUCAGGGUCAUCUCCUUAAAUAAACCUCCAGCAAUAUGGUGGAUUCAAUCCUCGGAUUUAAAGUGGAUCUUGCUUUAAACGGGGAAGACCGUUCCAGUGCUUUGAGUGCUGGCAUUACUCCACUCUGCUUGGGCGGGGGGUGCAAUUCCCAGCGAGUGCAAUAUAAAACAUGAGGUGGUACUGGGUAGUUUAGUUUCGUCCCCGGUCUCCCCGAUAGUCUCCAUUCCCCCGUGGACUGUGUGAUGAUCACAUCAGAGCAGAGUGGCUGUGAGCAUUCCUCGUAGACGUGUACAGGCUAGUACCUCUGUUGCUUUCAACACAUCUCCUUUCACCUCUUCCCUAGGACAAGUUUACAUUGAGUACCCUUGGGGCUCGGUAGUUUGUGACUCUUUGGGAAUGAUUGUUUGCUGUGCUGUGGCUCUACCUGGCAGAGUCACGUCAAGCUCUGGGGGGCAGGAAUCACCGGAUGGACUGGAGAUGAGUUUCCUGUCCAACCUGCUGUCUGUGAAGCCUUCGUGUGGGUCUCUGUCUGGGGAAGACUAGAGGGAAAACAUCCCUCUGUCACUAAAACUGUCCAGGCAAGCUGUGAUCACUGCCGCCCUGGGAGGAGUUCUGGUUUUGCAGGACAGGAUAGGGGUAACGAUUAUUUUUGGGGUUGAGGAGGUAGGACUGCAGGGGACGUUAGAUGAGCAUUGGAUAGAUCCAUCCCGUAGCGAGUGGCUGGGUUACAGACCCUGCCACAAGUGGGCACAGAUUGCCUGCCGCCGGGAGGCUGCUGCAGUCAGUACGUGUGGCCUUCCAGUCAGGGUGAGCUAAGCGGAGGGGCAACUGUCUGGCUCAUCCUCAGGGCUCCUGUACCUCGGUUCCAGCCCAUGAUACGUGGUGUGCCUGCCAGUCCCUAACGUGAAACAGCCGCCAGAUUACACCAGGCAGCCCAUUGCUUGCCGUUGGCACACUGCAUUGUCCUAUUCAAGCAGCCCUGCAUCGUCAGCCAUGUCCACUUCCUCCCCUAACAACCUUAGUCCUCGACACUCUCACUGAAUAACAGUGGCCACGUGCUCAGGUGAAAGAGGCAGCUUCCAGACAAAUACCAAAGAACCCGUGGGCUGGUAUAGACCGUAGGACAGCACAGCCACAGGCCCUUCAGCCCAUAAUGUCUGUGCCAAACACGAUGCCAAGAUCAACUCGUCUGCCUGCACGUGAUCAAUUCCCUGCAUAUCCAUGUGCCUGUCCAAAAGUCUCCUGAACUCCACUGUUGUAUAUGCUUUCACCACCACCCCUGGCAACACAUUCCAGGCACCUACCACCCUCGACAUAAAAAAAACACUUGCUCCGCACAUCUCCUAUGAAACCGGCCCCUCUCACCUUAUGGUUAUGCCCGCUAGUAUUUGACAUUUUCAUCCUGGGAAAAAGGUUCCGAAUGUCUAACCUUCAGAUAAUGGCCGAGCCUUCAAAUGCUUUCAGAUUCUGAGAAUCUAAUCUGGGCUACCUUUAAUCGCAGAAGUGUUCUUAUGCCUUAGAACAGUAUUUUAACCUAGUUACAUAAAGCCAGCUAAAACAUUUACAUAUUCCUGUUGAAAUAAGGAACAGAAACAUAGAUAACCAGAUAACCUUGCCCGCCCUUUUUGAUCCGGAUCUGGGCAGGUACCCCAGGCUGUGGUCGAGGCAGCCUAGUGUUUUGUUGAAACAAUGUACUGCAGAUGCUGAUUUACCAAGAAAAGUCACAAUGUGCUGGAGGAACUCAGCAGGUCAGGCGGCAUCUGGAAAAUGUGGAUAGGUGAUGUUUCAUGGGUCUGAAGAAGGGUCCUGAUCUGAAACGUCGCCCAUCUAUAUUCUCUAGAGAUGCUGCCUGGUCCGUUGAGUUACUCCAGCACUUGGUGUCUGUCCAGUCUGGUGCUUUGUCGUAAGCAGUGACCGUGAGGCUGACAGGAUUAUUUGCAAAAGGCCAUCAGGUCGAAGGGUCUGUUUCAGAGAGGUAAGCUACCACCACGGACCCGACUACAUCUCCAGCCUCACCACCCUCCAAGCACAGGUCUCCUCAGCCCCUCCCCUAUGUCCUUUCAACAAGAUGUCCAAACCGUUAAACCCGCUGCUGUUCACCUUCCAGUGUGGGGGGAGAACGGGCUGGUGUGGAGGAGGAACAAAUAGCCGAGUGAGUUUGUGUCAGAUUACUUAGAAUGUCGAGACUGACUCCCUGUCAUUUGCAGCGGCACAAGGUACUGCAGAUGAUUCUUUACCCAAAAAAACGCACAAAGUGCUGGAGUAACUCAUUGGGUCAGGCAGCAUCUCUGGAGAACAUGGAUAGGCGAUGAUUUGGAUCAAUCUGAAGCACGGCCCGGACCUGCAACAUCACCUAUCCAUUUCCUCCAGAGAUGUUGCCUGACCCAAUGAGUUACUCCAGCACUUUGCAUCUUAUUUUCCCCUUAUCAUUCACGCUUUGUUGACUUGUUACCCGACACAUAGUCGUACAGCUCAGAAACGGGCCUUUCGGACCAUUUUAUCCAUGCUAACCAAGAUGCCCCAUCUAAGCUAUACCUGCAUUUGGCCCAAAUAUUUCUAAAUCUUUCCGAACAAUGUACCUAACCAAAUGUCUUCUAAAUGCACCUGCCUCAACUACCUCCUCCAACAGCUUUUUCCAUAUCACUGGUGUGUGUUGGUGUUGGCCAAGUGUAGGGAAUGGUUAAGGAGCCAGAUCCUUUCAUGAGCAUUUCCCCUGGGUAUAUAUUUUACAUGAUCGGUGGGUGGAACGUUUGAUUGAUUGAAAGAUAUAGCAUGGGAAUACACCGUCCAGCCCACCGAGUCCACGCUGACCAUCCAUCAUCCGUUCACACUAGUUCUAUAUUAUUCCACUUUUUCAACCACUCCUUAUACACUAGGGGCAAUUUGCAGAGGACCAAUUAACGUACAAACCCGCAUGUCUUUGGGAUGUUGCAUGUGCAAACUCCACACACACAAACAGCACCCAAGGUCUGGAUCGAACCCGGGUCUUAGUUUAGUUUAGUGAUACAGCGUGGAAACAGGUUCCUUAGCUUAUUGAGUCCAUGCUGACCAGCGAUCACCUAUACACUAGUUCUAUCCUACACACUAGGGACAAUUUACAGAGGCCAAUUAACCUACAAACACGCAAGUCUUUGGAGUGUGGGAGGAAACCCAUGUGGUCACAGGGAGAACGUACAAACUCCGUACAGACAGCACCCAUAGUCAGGAUUGAAUCCAGAUCUCUGGUGCUGUGAGGCAGCAGUGCUACCUGCUGCGCCAUUGCAAUACCCUCCCUAAAUUCUACUGCCCUCUUUCUUCCUCAUUCCCCUCUAAUAUGCUGCUUUAUAACCUACCUCUGACUGAGCUGUAGUUCAUCCUAGUGACUGUUUCAUUGUUCAAGCUCACUCACAUUCCUGCUAAGAUCUGCUUCUGUUUGUCACAGGCAGUGGAAGUAAAUGCAAAGUAUGUGACCUGACGCCCCACGAAACACGAGGCAGAGAGGAACAGAGCAGGAAUUAGUGAGUUUAAAUAGAUUUACAAUGCAGUGUUAUAAAUGAUGAAUGCAGUGCUUGGAGUGUCUUUAGCUCAGAGUGCACUUCCUUUCAACAGCACUUUGUUGGUAUGGUUUGACAUGCCUGGUGUUGAUUGCAACGCAGGCGGCCUCUCUCGGCAAAGGUCCAGAUUUGAUGCACGAUAUAUAGAACGCAGUAUUAGAGGCGCAAGGAACUGCAGAUGCUGGAGUCUUGAGCAAAAUGCACAGUGCUGGAGGAACUCAGCGGGCCAGGCAGCCUUUGCGGAGGGAGUUUCAUUAGGUUGUGAUGCAAAGCUCCUGAUCAGUCUGAAGAAGGGUCCCACCCCGAAAUGUUGCCUGUCCAUUCCCUCCCCAGCCGAGUUCCUCCAGCAAUUUGUGUUUUGCCCAAGGCUUAUUGUGGAGGGUGUAUCUAGCUGGAAUGUCAGCGUGGCACUCGGUAGCCAUUUAAUGUGGCACCGUGCCUGAGUGUCAGUGGUGACCCUCAAAGUAAAAUACCACAACCCCCCCCCCCGCCCGUGUGUGUGUGUUCAGGCUGAGCACUGGAGUGACUGUUCAACGUAAUGCGGCAAGUCUCCGAUGAGUGGCUGUGUGACGGGUGGAACCUGUCACCACAGUAUCAUGGACACUAACGUCCCUGAAACCAACGGCCAUUCCUGGUUUCAAGGUUUUCAACUGUGUCUUCCCAUCCAUCGGUGAAAGUUUCAGCAACAAUUCGUUAAAGCCAAAGUCGGUAAUCGUGCCAAUGGUUCAACGCGCAAAAAUAUGGAUGAGGCAGUCCCCGGACAUCAGUUCUUACCUGGUUGCCCCUUGAAUACAAACUCUGAACGUUUAAAUGUGUUAAUGAAACUGAACAGGAAUUAUAUUUGUUGCAUCGCUGAGCAUUUUAGUGUCUGUAGCUGUCUGACUGUUGUAUCUGUCACUGUAUUAAUCAAGACUAGCGGUUUAAGGAAUUUAAUAAUUAUUUGUGCUUUUACAGUCUGCAAUUCAGCUGCAUUUUGAACAAAAUCACUGUGAAUUAUGAAAUAACUGCCGGCAAAUUGGAUGAGUGUUUUUAAAAAGAAAAUCUGUGCCAAUAUUUUGAA